ACCCUGUGGAGAUGCAUGUUGUGUGUGAGAAGCCUCAUAAAGUCUUCGAGUAAAAACACCAGCGCAUUUAUAACAUCUGCAUCUCUUCCAGCGAGCAUGGCUGCGAAGAAAAAAGCACUAAAGCGUAAGUUAGAGCCGGUGAAAGGCCAGCAGAAGCUGGUGAAGCUGGGGGCGGAGGGAUCGACACAGAGCGGCUGGCUGCAGGAGAAAGUAGACGAGCUGCGGAAGGAUUCUUCCGACCUACAAUUCAACCAAGAUCGCGUUCGGUUCCUCUCUGACUAUCAGAAAGUGAAGCAGGGGACCGAUGGGGUGAUGUACUGGAUGUUCCGGGACCAGAGAGUGCAAGAUAACUGGGCGCUGAUAUACGCCCAGCAGCUGGCGCUGAAGGAGAAUCUUCCCCUGCACGUCUGUUUCUGCCUGGUGCCGCGGUAUCUGGAGUACACCUACCGCCAGUACGCCUUCAUGCUCAAGGGACUGCAGGUGGUUGCCAAGGAAUGCCAGAGUCUGGACAUUCAGUUCCACCUGGUGAAAGGUGAGCCCAAACAAGUGGUGCCCGGAUUCGUCAAAGACUGGAACGUUGGUGCGCUGGUGACAGAUUUCAUGCCCCUCAGGCUCCCGCUGCAGUGGUUCAAAAGCAUCAAAAAGCAGCUUCCAUCUGACGUCCCCUUCAUACAGGUCGACGCCCAUAACGUGGUGCCGUGUUGGGAGGCGUCGAACAAGCUGGAGUACGGCGCACGGACGAUCAGAGGGAAGAUCCACAAACUCGUCCCGAAGUUCCUCACGGAGUUCCCUCUGUUGGAUACCCACCCACACCCCUCCAAAAAAACAGCGAAGAAGGUGGACUGGGAGAAAGUGAUGUCGUCUCUGGAGGUGGACCGCAGCCUCGGCGAGGUUUCGUGGGCGCAGCCGGGCGCGGCCGCGGGCAUGGCCAUGCUCGAGUCGUUCAUAGAUCAGCGCCUGGGUAUUUUCGCCGCGCAGAGGAACGACCCGAACGCCGAGGCGCUCAGCCAGCUCUCGCCGUGGUUCCACUCAGGUCAGUUAUCCACUCAGCGCGCCCUGUUGGCGGUGCAGCGUUGGGGGAAACGCCAUUCUGACUCCGUGUCCUCGUUCACCGAGGAGCUGUUGGUGCGCAGAGAACUCGCCGACAACUUCUGCUACUACAACGAAAACUACGACAACAUCCAGGGUGCGUACGAUUGGGCGAAGACGACCCUAAAGAUCCACGCCAAAGACCCCCGGCAGUAUGUGUACACACGGAAGCAGCUGGAGGACUCCAAGACGCACGACCCGCUCUGGAACGCCGCCCAGAGGCAGUUACGCAUCGAGGGGAAGUUGCACGGUUUCAUGCGCAUGUACUGGGCUAAAAAGAUCCUGGAGUGGACAGCCUCGCCCGAGGAGGCUCUGGAAAUCGCCCUCUACUUUAAUGACCACUUCGCCCUGGAUGGCUGCGACCCCAACGGAUACGUAGGCUGCAUGUGGUCCAUCUGCGGCAUCCACGACCAGGGCUGGGCCGAGCGCGCCAUAUUCGGCAAAGUGCGCUACAUGAACUACGCCGGCUGCAAGCGCAAGUUCGACGUGGCCAAGUUCGAAAGCAAGUACGCCGUGAAGAAAGCCUGAGUCGGGCCUUCGUCUGGCGCUCAUCUCCGUCAGCAUUUUUAGUUUAUUACUGUUAGCAGGUUCUUCUGUUCUUAUUAUUUGUGCUCUGCUCUGCUAUCUAAUUUUGUAAUGCUUUUUGCUGAUGCUUUUUUAUUUUCACACUUGAAAUGUUGGUUUAAAAAAAAAGAUUUUUGUCAUUAAAUAUUUUCAAACUGUUUUUUUUAAUGGAAAAGAACCCCUGUAUGAUGCAGUUCUGUACGUUUUGAGAGUUCUGAGACCAACAUAUUGUACAUAAAACAAAUUAUUUGCA